AUGGGCGCUCAGGCGUUAUAUAUCUCCAUGUCUGCGCAAUCCAUCCCGUCUGCCGGUGCUCUGGAGCUCGCAGCGCGACCUCUACUUCCAGAGCGCUUGCAUUGGCUGCUCCCCUUCGCAUUUCCCCACGCCGUGCAUCUUCAGGCGGCGAUCGCGCCCGCCAGGGAUUGGGGGAAGGUGAGUGCGCGAGGCGAGUCCACAGGCGGCUGCCUGCCCCCACCUCGUGCGCGCUGCUGCCGCCAUGCGGGGAUGCCCGCCGUCGCGCGGCGCUACCUGCCCGCUUGCGGCGCUGCGGCGUCGCGCCAGUGCGUCGCCACACCGCCUGCCUGCAGUGCAGGUGAUGGUGGUGGUGCCGAUAGUGGUGGUGGUGCCGAUAGUGGUGGUGGUGGCGAUAGUGGUGGUGGUGCCGGUGAGAGUGAGAGGGGAGGCAGCAGCGAGUCGGGCAGGGAGCAAGGCAGCAGCAGUGCGAAUGAUGGUGCAAGCGACCAAGGCACACAAGGCAGUGACACGGGCGCAGGAGGCACGGACUUGACCCCCAGUAGCAGCAGCGGGGCCAACAGCAGCGACUCUGGCACGUCAGCGGCUGCAGAGGAGAGUGACCUUAGCGAGGCAGUGGAGCAGCGCAACGAGCAGGCCAUCAGGCGCAUCCGCUACCCGCAGGGGGCGCGCCAGGGGGUCAUGCGCGCUGCUGAAGGGCGUGGGGGGAGCGCGGAAUCAGGAGGGGAGGAUGCUGCAGCUGCUCCUUCUUCUGCCCCUGCGCCUGCGCCUGCGCCUGCUGCUGCAGUUGAUCCGUUGCUAGAGCAGUUCGUACAGCAGCUGGCGCGGGCGGGGGCGGUGGCAUCACAGGAGACAGAGGUGAAGGCGGUGGUGAGGCGGCGGGCAGCGGUGGGGUUUCCUGGAAUCGGCCAGUACAGCGAGGUGAACAGCGGCACUGCGCCCACCUACAACCACUCCGUGGUGCGUGUGACGCCACCGGAUGGUGGCUUGUGUGUGGGCAACGGGUACAUACUGCAAACCGUCAACGUUGCGCUCGCGGUGUACAACACACGAGGGCGGCAGCUCACUCGCACCAUUUCGCACAACGAGUUCGUCAACGUGCUGCCGAGUGUGGUGCAGCGCCGGGAGCCAUACAGCGCAUCAGUGCGGGGGGACAACAUCGGGGACAUGUCCUGCACCUACGACCCUGCUUCCAGGCGCUUCUUCGUCUCCUCCUACUGGCUCUCCGGAGGGGCGAGCAACGGGUAUGACAGGUUUGGGCAGACGAGGCAGCGAGGGAACCGCACAGUGGGGUCGGGGGUGAUAGUGGCGGCGUCCACCGACGGCGACCCCACCCAGCCUUGGAACGUCUUCUUCAUCCCCGGCUCCAACGACGGCAACAAUUCCAACCCCGAUUGGGGAGCACCGCUCUACUACAACACAUCCAAGCUCACAACUCUCCAGGACUACCCGCAGAUUGGCACGGAUGCCCAUGGUGUGUUUGUAUCGGUGAACCAGUUCGGCCUGGAGGAGUCCAAGUACUUUGGCGCCAAUAUCUAUGCCAUGGGCAAGCAGCAGCUAUUCCGCACGUGCACCGCCUCCAUCCUGCGCUUUGCCAUCCCCUACUCGCCUGCGCUCACCAGCCCCUCCUACACCAUGUAUCCGCACAAGGUCCCUGCCGAUGGCUCCUAUGAUACCGCCAACAACGGCACCAUGUACUUUGGCUGGAUGGCUGUCAAUUUCAAUGAUGCGCCCAACGAGACCGUUCUCGUGCCCAAUGUCACUAUCGUCGGCGCCUUUGCUCUCACCGGUACCAGCUCGCUCGGGUCAACCGAGGCCGUUGAUCGCGUCGUGCCGCACAUCGCAGCCGUCGAAACGCCGCCGUUUUUCAUGCCGAUGCCGGUGAGGCAGCGACCGGGGCCCACCCCCACGGCAUGGCGGUUCAACCGGAGGGAGGCGGCCAUAGACGCGUUUGCAGCGGGCAUGCAGGCCGUGGUGGUGCAGCCACAGCGCAGCACCAUGUGGCUGGCCUUCACCUCUGCGUUCGGCCCCGCCCUCGGGUCGUCGUCCGUGGUGCUGGCUCAGAUCAGGCUAAGGCUGAGGGCAGAGGUCUCAGGGGAGGUGGCAUCUGAAGACUCGUCAGGGGAGGUGGCAUGCGUAGAGUCAUCCUCAGAGGUGGUAAUGAAUGGGACUGUGGGGGAGACAGAAGCAGUGGAGGCAGCAAGUGGUGGGUGGUCAUUCGAGGUGCAGCUGGAGGGGUUCAAAGCGGUGGGCGUGCAGGGCAACAGCCUGCUGCGCCCUGCCAUGGCGCUCAACAGGUGCUACCAUGCCUCGAAUGUUGCAACUGGUGCUAAUGGCAUGGAUGCUGAGGGCGUGGCACGACACGAUCAGGAGUUAAGGUGGAGAAGCAAGCAGCAGCACUGGCGGGUCCCGUCCUUCUACCCCUCUGCUGCCUAUGCCCGUGUGGAUGCAGCCCUGCGUGUUGGCCCCGUCACUAUUGCAGCACCCGGGAGAGCUCCCCUUGAUGACUACUCUGGGUACCUGUUUGAUCAGAGGGUGAUGCGGUACGGGGACUACCACACGGCCACCACUGAUGAGCACGGCAAUGCAUGGGCCGUGGUGGAGUAUGUGCCCGGUGUGCCGCGCACCCAGUGGACCAACUGGGCCACCUACAUCUUCAAGCACCUCCCGAACGUUCGCAGCAGCGCGUCUCAUGGCAGCACCCGCCGCGCUGUCCCCCGCCGCGCUGCCGCUGUGGCGGCGGAUGCUGCAGUCGUCCAUCGACGCGCACGCGCACAUCCCCUCCGCGUCCUUCGUGCAACUCGUGCGUACCCGGGCCUGGUUUCCUGCCUGCCUGCCAUUCACCUCGCCGCUUUGCGCACCGCAACCAUGACCCCGCGACUGCCAUCAGCUGUCCCACUGCUGGGGCACCUGAUGGCACUCGGGCGCCCACUCUUAAUGCUUGCUUUCCCUGCCUGUAUCGCGUCUCCUUUCCAUCCGCUUGUCCCGCGCGCGCCCGUGCCGCGUGCAGGCCACAGUGCGCGCCAACGGCACGCCCGCCAACCGCUCUCUCGUCUUCAGGUGACCCUUCCACUCCCUGGGCCGCGGCUCCCCCGCCUUCCCCUUCCCCGCCUUGACCCCCCUUUUCCGCCUCACCUGUCCUCCCCGCCUUUCCUCCCCCUCCGCCUCACCUUCCCCGCCAUAUCGGCCUUCGACCCCGCCUCGCUCUUUCCCCACUCGUCGCCAUUCACCCCCGGCCUCGCCCGUCGAGGGCAAGAUGGCCGCAGCAGCAAGGUCCGCUCCUCCCUCCUCCCUCCUCCCUUACCAAUCCUUGCCUUUCCCCUACCUCUCCCUCCCUCCCUCCCUCCCUCCCUCUCUCCCUCCCUCCCUCUCUCACUCCCUCCCUUCCUUCACCCCCCCUACCCUCAUUCACUUGUUCGCGCUUUCCCCUUUCACAUCUCGCUUCCUUUCUGUUCGUCCCUCCCAUCAAACAUCACGAGCCGCAUACAGGUCUCCAUCCUCCCCGACCCUCCCAUUGCUCCACUGCUCGCCCUCUUGACUCUGCAAUCUGUCCUGCACGUCAAGGAGAUGGAGCAGUGGUCGCUCAUCGAGCUGUGCUGGUAUUUCUCCGAGUCAUGGGAGCAGUACCGCAUUGCUGGCAGCAUGACCACCGUCCAUGCCAACUCGCCCGACCCUUCGCUCUUGAAGCUGAGGCAUGCGGCAUGGCAGCCGCUGACAGCGCAGCAGCGCUGGCAGUACUGCCGAGGGCACCCAGGCACGCCCUGGGAGGAAGAGAGCGCAGCAGGGCGGCCUGAUGGGCACGAGUCAUCGCUGGCAGCACUGGCGUUGCUGACACAGCGAGAUGCAGAGGGGGCGAGUGCGGAGAAUAAGGAUGAGCGUGAGAAGGUGGACCCGGAUAAGGUUGCCUCUGUUGAGCCCGUGGAGGACUUCUGCCUGCUGCUGCUGGAGCCCCAUGAGGUGGACUACGUGCACGUGAAAACGCCCUCUCGCCACCGACACACAAGGCUCAUGGCAGACGAGGGGAAAGAGGGUGGGGCAGGGGGGAGAGGGUACGAGUGGACUGCCACGCGCAUUCACCUUUAA